CCCCUCCCUUGGCUCCUCUGCCAAGCGGGGUCCCAGAGGGCGCCCUGGUGGCAGCUUCGCCUCCGCCGCUGAGCAGGACCCUGGGGCCCGCACGCCGCCGCUAGCCCCCUAGGGCACCAUGGACUGGCUAGCUCAGCGCUGGCCGCCGCUUGCUGCUCAGAGCUGCCUUCGCCCCGGCUGCCUCGCCUGGCUCCUGGUGGCAAUGGCCUUCCUCCUGUCAUACCCUAUGCUACGGACCAUCAGCCUCCAAGUCCAUUCAGCGGUUACUGGAAGCUACCUGUCUGGGACUCACUCAGUUGCCUUUGUUAACUGCCCCAAUGAACAGAUUGCCAGAGACAUAGCAAGGACCAUUCUCGAUAAGAAGCUGGCUGCCUGUGUGAAUAUCCUGCCAAGGGCCUCUUCUCUGUACUUUUGGAAGGGAGAGAUUGAAGAAGCCACUGAAAUACUUUUGUUAGUGAAAACGAAGACUUCAAAAAUACAUGAACUCUCUAACUACAUCAGAUCAGUUCAUCCUUUUGAAAUUCCUGAGCUCAUCAGCCUACCCAUCGACCAAGGAAACCCUGUUUAUUUAAAGUGGAUUGAGGAAGGAGUAGCUGAAAACUGAGCAGAGGCCUCUCUGCUUUCUGGUGUGACCAAUCUUACAUUGUUGUUUUUCCCAUUGGGGAGAAGCCUGCAUAGAGCUUGGCAGGAGGUGGGAGAGACAAUUGCUCUCUCUUGGAUUGCAACAUAUUUAAAAGAUAAUUAAUUUAUGGAUUCUGAUGCUUAUGUCAGCCUUUUGCCCAUUCCAAGUAAUGAGCAGAAGAGGUGAAACGGUUCUGAAUGGAAGAGAAGAUAAUUAUAUUUCAGCCUCUCCCUUCCCUUCACAACGAAAGUUGAAUUCUUUAAGGGGCUCGUUGCAAGGGUUCUGUCCUUCCUCUCUUCCCCUUCAUGCUCUACCAUAUGUAGCGUCCUUUAAUACAUUAUUUUACUUGAACCUCAAAGCAACCAUGUACCGAAGGUAUUAUCUUUGUUUUACAUUGAGGAAACUGAGGCUCUGAUAUGAUAUGACCUAUCCAUGGCCACAUAGCUAGUUAGGUAUGAAAGGCAAGAUCUGGACUGAGAUCUUCCACUUUCUUUAGUUCCUUCCUAGCCAGACUCUGCUGCAUCUAGGUUUUACUUAGGGAUGUCUUUUGAUUGUUAAAGGGAUUGUUUGAUUGUUAAAGACAUUGUUGGAAUUCCAGCUCAACCCUCCCCAGUUCCCUGUUUUCUCUAUAACACUUAGAUCUUUGGGGCAUGAAAGCUUCUUGUUUCAUGUUUUAGCUGAUUACCCUCCAGAAUGUUUAAAAUGUGCCUUAAAAUGAACAGGCUAUGGAGCCACUCUCCUAUAGACUCCAGGCCUCGGUGUCUUCAACAAGCAUAACCAGAGUAUUUAUUCUCUUAGCCAAGGGAAAGGAUGAGCCAAAGAGAUGAGCUGGUCUGGGAUGAAUGGGAGUGAAUGGUGGCAUGUUCAACCUUCAUUUAUAUUUUAAAGUAAAUGCUAUUAAAAAUUUACUUAUAUCUUUUACUUUUAAAUUACUUUUAUUUCUGAAUAAAUCUUUUUGUUAUCCGGUAGAGAGUUACCCUUGUAACCAAAAAUGAAAUAUGCAUUUUAAUAAAGUCCAAGAAUUUUC